AGUAAGGACAACAAAAACUUCUCAAAAGAUUUAAAGAAGAAAAAAAGGAAGAAACAAGUUCCUGACUGAGGAGAGGACCAGCACUGUCUGAAUACUAUGAUUACAGAGUGACUGACAACCUCCUAUCUACUGUAAACACAGAGCUGAGAGCGGCUUCCUUCCUUUUCCUGGAUGAGACACACACAUGCAGGACAACAUGAAGAAGAAAAAGCAGCGGGCCCGAAAACUCACCAAAAAACAGCAUAAAAAUGUUUCCAUGGUUGAAACAUCCCGGUCCUUCAGGUCCAACCGGCCGGAGUUUGAGAGCUUCCUAUCUGAGAUGACUCGGUGGUUUUCAGACCAUCAGCUGCAGGUGGACGAGCUGUUCAGACACAGUGACGCAGACGGAAGUGGAUCAGUCAACCUGAAGGAUUUCUACCUGGGUCUGAUGAACUUGGACGUCGCUUGUCAGCAGUUUCAGCUCCACAUGCUGACUCAGCAGCUGAAGACCGCCAACGACAUGAUCAGUUAUCGAGACCUGAGCAGACAAGUGCAAAGACUGAGACUGUGUGAUGACACAGAGAACGACACUCAGAAAUCAAGAUGUGAUCAACAUCAACUGUUAAACCCUGAAAAUGGCAGGAGGUUUGUCCGUCUGAGUGUCAGACUGAUCCCCUUCGAUGGCACUGCAGCUCAUCCAGGAAACUUUGAAGUGGUUUUGUUGAGCAGCAGCAGAGUCUUCAGUCUGAUCAGGAUGAUCCAGGACCGGGUAGGGAUCCAGACCUCCAGGCUGGAGGUUUUCCGGAGCAGAGUGCCCACAGAGGGGGCCCGCCUGCUCCCGGAAAGCCUCCUGGAGGAGUGUGGCUUCAGAGGAGGGCCAGAGGUAACUCCUCCAGAGAACACUGUGUACUACGACUACAGCCUGCUGUUCACAGACUGCCCCAUCCUCAACUGUGACCACUACUUCAGAUCAAUACCAGACGCUGCUGCCGUUAAGAGUGGCCUCUGUCCAUAAGUUAGUGUUUUUAGCAAUGCUAUAUUUAGAGACGCUGGUAGUCGUUGAUGCCACGUUGGUCCCAAAUGAAAUAUCUCAACUAUUUGAUGAAGUUGCUUGAAAUUUAGUAAACACAUUUAUGUUCCCCAGAGGAUGAAUCCCACUGACUUUGGAUGAAUUCUACUGACUUUUCCUCUAGUACCACCAUGAGGUCAACGUUUCUGGUUUUUGAGUAAAACUGUCUCCACAACUACUGUUUGGAUUGCCAUGAAAUUUGGUGCAGACAUUAAUGUUCCCCUCAGGAUGGAUUGUAACAAUUUUGUUGAUACCUUAAUUUUUCCUUUAGGGACAUCAACAGGUCAAAGUUUGAAUGUGUAACACUUUGGUUUACGACCAAAUACCUGCAAAACUAACGACAUUCUCAUCAGCCUCAGCUGUCAUGGAGUUUAGUGCUAAUUACCUCUACCUAAGAGGUCAUGUUUUUGGCUCCGUUUGUUUGUUUGUUAGCAGGGUUACAGAAAAACUACUGGGCCUGGGCCAAGGAAAACCUGUUGCUUUCUUUUUUCAUGUUUAGCAUUGCAAUGUUGAGCAUGUUGGUGUGCUAAUAUUAGCUCAAAGUACAGCCUCACAGACCUGCAUGGCUGUAGAAAAUAGUUUCCAGUUAAUUAUGUCAUAUUCCAUUUUCCACAAGAUCUGGGGUUGCUUUUGUAUCUGAAUGCUAUUAUU